AUGGUUGACGAACGUAUAUCUGAUUACAACAACAAAGAACGUUUGAUGAAACGAGCAGUUAGAAUUGUGACAGGAUCAAAACGAAAGGACCACAGUCAACCGCUCUUCAACAUAACGCGAAAUUUGAAUUUUUCGAAGUUGAACAUAUAUUUUGAGAUGAUCUUCGUGUACAAACAAUUGACGAACAGAUUGCCAGAGUUGUUUCAAGAUUAUUACAGUAUGAAAAAGCAAUCUCGAAAACCCAACAAUCUCGUCUCCAACAAAUCGAAAACGAAUAUCAUGUUUUCACACAUUUUCUGUAAAGGGCCAAGAACUUGGAACGAAAUCGUAAACAGCGGUUUCGAUGUUGAUUUCAAUUCAUUGCAUAGUUUAAAAUAA